AGGUUUUAAAGUCGCAAUCGAACUUUUUUGCUGCUGAUUCCUUGAUUACUUCUAAUGUUCAUGGCGGGCCGGCUGAUGGAAUCUCCAUGCAGGAAAUUUAAAACCGCAAGAUCAUCUGAUGUGCAACUCUAUGCUAGAGGUUUUCCCUUUUCUUUGAAGAGAGAACUUCUGGCUGAAAAAUCGAAAAGACUGGCUUUGUCUAUCAAAGAAAAUCCUAGGGUCGAUAUUUCCCAUGUUCUGAAAGAUGGGCUUGCUGAUUCAGAAACUUUUGAGCAAGUAGCAAGAUUCUGCCAUGGUUUUGAUGUCCAAUUGUCCAUUGAGAAUGUCAUUCAUGUUGCUUGUUUAGCUCACUACCUGGGAAUGACUGAAGACCACUGCAAGAACAAUUUACUAGCCAAGGCGGUCGACUUCUUCGAAAGCCAAGUCCUUUCUAGCUGGAACAAUUCAAUUCGAGCUAUUAAAUCUGCGGAAAAUAUUCUUAGACAAGCUGUGGAUCUCGGCCUUGUUGGCGCUUGCGUUGAAACGAUCAUCGCUGAGGCGUUGAAGCAUCCAAAUUUGCUCGGCGAGCCAGUCAGGAUUCCGGCUUCCAAUGCUGAUGAUGAUGAGGAGGAAAAUGGAAACUUGUUUAGAGCAAAUGUGAAGAGGAAACUUUUUGUACUUGAUUGGAAUUCCGAAGAUCUGAGCAUGUUGUCUAUCAGUCUGUUUGAGCCAGUUAUGUCUGAAAUGAAUAAGCGCGGAGUUCCGGUUGAAUACGUAUGCGCAGCUGUUUGUCAAUAUGCAAAAAGAUGGGUAUUUUCCAGCAUGAAAGAAGGGGAUGAUGUUCAAGGCUAUAAUUACAGGAGGAACAACAACCAAAGAGAGAUUAUUGAAGCAGUGGAAAGAAUGUUGCCAGAUGGAAAGGGGCUUUUACCUUGCGCCUCAUUAUCUGAAAUGCUGAAAUCUGCAAUAGUUUUGGAUGCCAGUGAAGAAUGCAAAAAUGGAUUUGAAAUCAGGAUUGGGAAGCAAUUAGAUGAAGCAGCAGUGGAAGAUCUUCUGAUCCCUUCUCAGGGGUAUGCUAAAGAAGAAAAAUACGACAUCGAAUGUGUUAAAAGGAUCUUGAAGAGCUUCUACCACAAUUAUACUAGUCAAAAUGUUUCAGAGCUAAUCACAGUUGCAGAACUUGUGGAUAACUUCUUGCUUGAAAUUGCUAGUGACAUUGAUUUAAAGAUGCACACAUUUGUUUCAGUCGCUGAACUGUCUUCUGCAGCUUCUGAAGGGAUUCAAAGAUGCUCAGAUGGGAUUUACAGGGCAGUUGAUGUGUACUUUGACAAGCAUAAGUACUUGACAGAUUCCGAGCGCGAGGAGAUAUGCAGAGUGUUGGAUUGCAACAAGAUGUCGCCCGAGGCGUGUCACCAUGCUGCACAAAAUCAGAGGUUCCCUAUAAGGAUUGUGGUGCAGGUUUUGUUUGUGACACAGUUGCAAUUGAGAGAUACAAUCCCAAAAGAAGACAAAGGGUUAAAUGAGAAAUUGCUGUUGAAGUAUUAUGCGGAGGAAGGAGAGGAAGAGGAACUCGAAAUGAAGGCGAGCAAUGGCAAUGGCGAAGCUGAGGAAGAAGAUGAAGUGAGGAUAGAGAUGGAGAAAAUGGGGAACAAAGUGUUGGAGUUGGAAAGAGAGUGUGAGUUGAUGAGAAGAGAGAUUCGUAAUAAUGGUGGUGGUGGAAGCAGAGAAGCUAAGAAGGGGAAAGUGAGUAUGUGGAAAGAAAUGAAGAGGAAGUUCGGAUGCAUGACUAUGACUAGCAUUCAAGAUUGCGAUUCUCAUGUGAAGAAGAGGAAGAAAGUGCAUCCAAAGUAGAGACACGAGACACGAUUCAUACACAAAAGGCGAUGCAGAUGAUAUGCUCGAUCCCAACCUAGGAGGAGUAUUUUCCAAAUAAGUUUUGCUUCCCUACCAUUCCCAUCCAUCUGUGUUUGUUUUUUACCUUUUGCUUUGUGUUAUGAGUGUAAGCAAAAUUCCAGG